AUGGUUAUGGGGGUUUCCUCGAGUAUUCUUGUGCAGACCCUGGAACUGGGCUUCAUCGGCCAGCUCGGCACUCAAUACAUUGCAGCGGUCACUUUCACAUUUCCUCUGGCGAUGGUACUCACCAGUAUCGCCCUGGGUAUCAGUAUUGGCACAUCGUCAGUAAUCGCCCGCAGCGUGGGUAGUGGUGUUGGCGAAGACGUGCGGCAACUGGGCACCCACAGCCUGUUACUGGUUGGCGUGCUGAUGAUAGUGCUGUCUUUCAUCGCCUGGUUAUCGAUUGAUCCUCUGUUCAGCAUGCUGGGUGCCAGCGACGAAGUGAUGAUAUUGAUUCACAGCUAUCUGGAUAUCUAUCUCCCCGGAACGGUGCUGUUCACGUUAAGCAUGAUUGCCGGCAGCAUCAUGCGAGCCAACGGCAGCGCCAAUAUCCCAGGCACGGUGAUGACAGUAGGCGCGUUUCUGAAUUUGGCGAUCGAUCCUAUCCUGAUUUUUGGCUUGUUUGGCUUUCCGCGAAUGGAGCUGGCAGGCGCCGCCACUGCGAUGACUAUUGCCCGGGGGCUGACUACCGCAGCCUUGUUUUACUAUGUAUUCAAAGGCGACAUGAUUCAGAUCAAAUCUGUCUUUCGCGGCUUUGUUGCCUCUUCCAAGCGCAUCAUGCACAUCGGCCUGCCGGCUAUGGCCACACAACUGAUUGGCCCGGUUACCGCUGCCAUGAUUACCGGCAUGCUGGCAAAGCACGGAGAAACAGUGGUUGCUGGUUUUGGCGUGGCUGGUCGUAUAGAAGCCGUCGCCGCCAUGCUGCUGUUCGCCUUAUCUGGUUCUAUCGGCCCGUUUGUUGGCCAGAACUGGGGCGCCCGCCGAUUUGGCAGAGUGCGUGAUGGGGUUAAAGCCAGCUACCAGUUCUCUAUCGCCUGGGGGUUUAUUGCUGCGCUCCUGCUGUUCCUGUUCGGCGCAACCAUCGCCUCGUGGAUUGAUGACGCCCCUUCCGUUGUCAGUGUUGCCGCAUUUUAUCUCGCCCUUGUGCCCUGGGGUUAUGGCAUGUGGGGGGUUCUGAUGAUGGCCAGUGCAAGCUUCAAUGCCCUGGGCAAACCUUUACCCAGCACCGCGUUGAGUUUCCUGCGCAUGUUUGUGGUGUACCUGCCACUGGCCAUUAUGUUGAACACAGCCUACGGCUAUCAGGGUAUUUUUGUAGCCACCCUGAUCAGCAAUGUUGUACUGGGCAUCGCAGGGCUGUUCUGGCUGUGGUGCCGAUAUCGGCACAGCCCUGAAUUUCUGCCGCGUAAUCAACAGGUCCAGUACUGGUGGGCCAACGGAUUGCUGCAGUUAGGCAUUCGUAUUUACGAUCUGAAAAUUACAGUGAGCGGCAAGGACGCGCUCGAAGGACCCAGUGCGUUGAUGAUUGUUCGGCACACCAGCAUCGCGGACACGGUUUUACCAAUGCUGUAUUUCGCGAAAGUUCGCAAUGAAGGCAUGCGUUAUAUUCUGAAAAAAGAACUUACCGCCAUGCCGUGCCUGGACAUCGCUGGUCACCGCCUACCUAAUUUGUUUGUUGAUCGCUCCGGCACAGAUACCGACAGAGAACUAAGCGCAAUCAAAGCAUUGACUGCUACCGCGGGCCCUGAGGAAUCAGUUCUGCUUUACCCUGAAGGCACGCGUUUCACCUUACAGAAACAAGCUCGUUUACUGGCAUCGAAACCGGAACUUGCAGAACAACUGCGCCGUUGGCCCAGCUUACUACCGCCACGCCUCGGUGGCGUGUCAGCCAUGCUGGAAGCCAAUCCGGGCAAAGAUGUGGUGUUCCUGGCUCACGUCGGAUUUGAGGGCUCAGCGUCUCUAAGUGACCUGGUCAACGGCAGCUGGCGACGCCAGCCGAUCUAUCUGCAUUUCUGGCGCGUACCUUACCGGGACAUUCCCACCGACACUCAAGCUUUCAUCUUUCACAAUUGGGACAUAAUGCAGCAACACAUCGACGCCAUGACUCACAUAGAGCCCUAA